UCAGUUAUAAAAUAAACGUCGAAGUGUUUGGUACGCAGCUGGCACUGACGCUCGUUCGUUUCGUUUUCGUUUCGUUUUGUCCGUGUUUGGUUCUCGUUCGCGUUUGUUUGUACCGUUGCAAACAAUAAAUAUAUAUGCAAAUACCAAAAUGUUUUAAAUGUAUAACAAACUCUAUUUAUGCCAAAAAAAAAAAAGAUUUGCCAAACAGCAAAGUUUUUUAGUUUUUGCCAAGCGCUUUUUCUCAGUUAGUUAUUUUAAAUUAAUUUAACCGUUAACAUGGGUCUAUCGGAUAUACCAGCCAACUAUAUGCAACAAACCGGCCACAAUCUGCAGCAACAACAACUUCAUCAUCAUCAUCAUCACAAUCAUAAUCAUAAUCAUAAUGCAGCAGCGGCUGCAGCGGCCGCCGCUCACGUUUUGGCCAUGGAGAACAGCGAGCUCUUGAUGAGUCCCAAGGACAAAAUGUCCAGCAAAAAGAAAAUGCACUUGCUGAAGAAAAUCAAGAAACGCUUUGGACUCGUUCGCCGUUCUCCCUCCUCCUGCCCGGGCCCCAACAAUUUGCCGCCCCUGCAAUUCCAUACGGUGCACGGCGACAAUAUACGCAUCUCCAGGGAUGGAACGCUGGCGCGUCGCUUCGAGAGCUUCUGCCGUGCGAUCACGUUCUCGGCACGUCCGGUGCGCAUCAAUGAACGGAUUUGCGUCAAGUUUGCCGAGAUCUCGAACAACUGGAACGGCGGCAUACGCUUCGGUUUCACCAGCAACGACCCGGCCUCGCUGGAGGGCGCCCUGCCCAAAUAUGCCUGCCCCGAUCUGACCAAUCGGCCGGGCUUCUGGGCCAAGGCGCUGCAUGAGCAAUACUGCGAGAAGGACAACAUUUUGUACUAUUAUGUGAACAAUGCCGGCGAUGUCAUCUAUGGCAUCAACAACGAGGAGAAGGGCGUCAUACUAUCUGGGAUUGAUACGCGCGGCCUGCUCUGGACUGUGAUUGACAUCUAUGGCAACUGCACGGGCAUCGAGUUUCUCGAUGCACGCAUUUACAUGUACCAACAGCAGCAGCAGCAGCAGCAGCAGCAACAGCAACAGCUACAGCAGCAACAGUUGCCCCAGCAGCAGUUGCCCCAGCAACAGCAGCAGCUGCCCCAACAACAGCUCACGGCGCAUCAUCCUCUGCAGCAAUCGCGUCGCUCGCUGCCCGGCGGCACUGGCGUCGUUGUGGAUCACGAGCUGGAGCGUCAUGUGAUGCCGUCGCUGCAGUCGCUCCAUUUGGCCGGCACGGCUGCCGGCAUUAUUGAGCACGAUCUGGCGAACGGCUUGCCGCCGUUGCGCUACAAUGCCAAUGGACGGCUGAUACCCGUGCCCUUUCACAUCACAAAGGGACGCAAUGUGCGGCUGUCGCACGAUCGCUUUGUCGCCUCACGCACCGAGUCGGACUUCUGCCAGGGCUAUGUGUUCACGGCGCGGCCGAUACGCAUUGGCGAGAAGCUGAUUGUCCAGGUGCUCAAGACGGAGCAGAUGUAUGUGGGCGCACUGGCCCUGGGGCUGACCUCGUGCAAUCCGGCCUUGUUGCAGCCAAAUGACUUGCCCAACGAUUCGGAUUUCCUGCUCGAUCGUCCCGAAUAUUGGGUCGUUAGCAAGGACAUUGCUGCGGCGCCGCAGCGCGGCGAUGAGAUCGCCUUCUUUGUGGCGCCCAACGGCGAGGUGAGCAUCAGCAAGAACAAUGGCCCAGCCGUCGUCGUCAUGCAUGUGGAUCAGUCGCUCCAGCUGUGGGCAUUCUUGGAUGUCUACGGCUCGACCCAAUCGCUGCGCAUGUUCCGCCAGCAGCUGCCCAACAUGGUGGCAUACCCAUCUCAGCCGCAGAUAAACGCCGCUGCUGCAGCUGCAGCUGCAGCUGCUUCGACAACUGCCGCCAGCUCACGCAUGCUGCCCAUGGCCGAGUCGCUGAACAGCCUGAAUGCCGGCCAGAUGCUGGCCGCAUCCAAAAUGCAACUGAACGUUACCCAGUCGAGCAGCACGUUGGCCUCCACUGCCGGCAAUGGCAGCCGCAUGAUCAGCAUGCCCUCCAACGGGGACAUCCUGCAGAUACAGCCAAAUGGCGGCGGCACAGUGCUCGUUGUUAAUCUGCCGCCGGCCAGCAGCUCGCAUGAUCUCAACGGACAGCUGGCCGGGCGGCAGGCGGCAAGCGCCGCGGCCACCGUGACCAGCAGCGGCAUUUUGGCCGGCGCCUGCUCCAGCGGCACAUUGAUCAGCACCACCAGCAGUCAGCAAUAUAUUGAGCCGGUGGCCCAAAGCACCAGCACACUAAACGGCACCAAAUGGAAGGACAGUCUCAGCGACCAGCAGAGCACCGAUUCCAGCGCCGAAUGCACCAUCUGCUAUGAGAAUCCCAUUGAUUCGGUGCUCUACAUGUGCGGGCAUAUGUGCAUGUGCUACGAUUGCGCCAUCGAGCAGUGGCGCGGCGUUGGCGGCGGUCAGUGUCCGCUCUGCCGAGCAGUCAUACGCGAUGUAAUACGCACCUACACGACGUAGGCAGUCAAAGCAGUUACCCAAAAAAACAAAAUACACACAAAGAAAACCCUCGUCUAUUAGCACACACACACACACACACACUCAACGCAUUUUCUUCGAAAGACGCAGCAAUUUCCUAACUUUGAACUCGCAAUCGACUUAAGCAAGAAGUAUAAAUUUAAUGUUUAGCAAGAGAUUUGCAACAAGCGCAAAGAAAAUAUUUAUAACAACACAAAUUCGUCAAUGAAUUUUUUAAAGCAACUAGUAUUAGCAACUAGUUUUGAUAGCAAAAAAAAAAAAAGAAAAGAAAAUAAGAAAUAUAGAACCUGAAAAUAAACUGAUAUUUUUGCAAUUAACUGAAAGAAAGGCAAACUUCAAAAAAGGAAACUAGUUGUA